AGUAUCCAACUUCAUUGCGAGCAUCUGUCAUGAAAGAGGGAAACCUUAGGGUGGAUCUCACAGCCGUCUCCUUGCUUGUUCCAAUCUCCGACGCUUUCUUGGGGUUCCUUCUUGCUGCUGCUCUCCCUAAUUUGCACGCUUGCGGGCGGAUCGACUCUCCAAUCCGAUAAGGGGAAAUCUCGACUUGGGAGUCCGUCUCCGUUCUCGUGUUUGGGGGGGGGGGAUCGAGGAGCUUGGCGGUGAGAUUGACGAGCUCCUGGCUUUAUCCGCGUUGGGCCAAAAUGGCUUCCGGGGAGGCGGCCGCCGCUCAUCGAUCGCCCGAAGAGCUCGAGACGUUGAUCUCAGAACUUCAGAAGAAACAUCAGAUGGAUUUACUCAAUUUGACAUUGACAACUCAGCCAUUCAAGACUUUGCAGUUUUUCAUUUUUGCUACAUUGCAAUAUCUAAGACGAUCACUUGUAUAUAUUUUGGCAAAAGGUGGCUGGAUUUUAGUCUUGUCCUUGCCAGUAUUUGCUGUUGGGCUUCUCCUUUUCAGUGUUGAUGGACCUCACGAGAAGCAUAUUCAGGAGUUCAUCCACUAUACAAAAUUUAGCUUGUGGUGGGUGGCACUUGGAGUAGCAUCAUCAAUCGGGCUGGGGUCUGGCUUGCACACGUUUGUUCUCUAUUUGGGUCCUCAUAUUGCUUUUUUCACAAUAAAAGCCAUGAAAUGUGGUCGAGUUGAUUUGAAGGCUGCACCAUAUGAUACCAUACAGUUAAAAAUGAGUCCUUCAUGGCUUGAGAAGGACUGUUCAGAGUUUGGACCUCCAGUUUUUCCACCUUUACCUGGUUCUUUGGUUAGGGUUCCUCUUAGCAGUAUACUCCCUCAGGUUCAGCUUGAAGCCAUUCUUUGGGGAUUGGGUACUGCCCUCGGGGAGCUUCCUCCUUAUUUCAUUGCAAGAGCAGCACGCUUGUCAGGAAAUAAAGCGGGCGCUGUGGAAGAACUAGAUGCUGCUUCAUCAAAACAAGAUGGAUUUUUAUCUUUUUAUUUAAAGAAAAUCAAGCGCUGGCUUCUUUCUCACUCACAACAUCUUAACUUCUUUACAAUAUUAGUACUUGCUUCGGUGCCAAACCCGCUGUUUGAUCUUGCUGGUAUCCUGUGUGGACAAUUUGGAAUUCCUUUUUGGAAGUUCUUCCUAGCAACCUUGACUGGAAAGGCGAUAAUAAAGGCACACAUACAGACAGUUUCAAUCAUCUCUUUGUGCAAUAACCAACUCCUGGAAUGGAUGGAAAAAGAGCUAAUAUGGGUGUUUGGCUUCAUCCCUGGCUUCUCUUCUGUCCUGCCCAACCUAGUUACGAAACUGCACAUGGCUCAAGAGAAGUAUUUAUCAGCAUCGGUUCCUGGAUCAACUCUCUCAGAUGGAAUGGCGAAGCGUUGGAAUCUGUCCUUCAGUUUGAUAUGGAAUACCGUGAUAUGGCUUAUGCUCAUAAACUUCUUUGCAAAGAUAGUAGCUGCUACCGCACAAAGAUAUCUCAAGAAACAGCAAGAGUUGGAACUGACAAGAGUCAAGCAAAUGACAAUCACUUGAUACCGUCGACACAUCGAAAAAAAAAAACAUUAGAUAGGUUCAUUGAUUUCCAUUACUACCCACGGCCAAGGAAAACAUAGUCCUUUAAACUCCUGUACAGUUAACAAGCAUGGCUGUUAGUGGUCUGAGGGCAGCCGCCCCAUUUGCUACUGCCAUCGUUUGGGAUAAGUUUCGACAAUCUAUUACUUUCUCUAAAGGCCUAGUUGUUUACACUGAUGCUUUUUCUUCCAGUCCUAGUCCCCACUGCCACAUAUGGAAAUGCGAGAGUGAUUGCGGAUACUUCAUGAGAUUAUGAUCAAUAUCAAUGCCAGUGUGGUCUGCCCGUGGAGCAAAACGAAGAAUUUGCAUGGCUCAUAUAAAAAUAAGUCCUCAAGUCAUAUACGAGUUUGUAUUUUUUAUAUUUUAGGAGCUUACCAAGUCCCAAUUUCUAUCAUUAUCAUUCCUGAUAUAAAGUAGAGAGUCGAUUGAUUUUAA